AAAAAAUGGAUCAACCUUUUGCAUCUUAAACCAAUUUUGUCUGUUUUUGUUCAGAAUCGGUUCCUUUGAAUCAACAGAUUAUGACAGACCAUAUCAGAAAGUGCAUAAUAUAUAGACAGUCGUCUCCUUUUUUUCAAAAGUUUGAACAACUCUAGGUUGAGAAGAUGCAAAGACAACAUUUGUUUGCUUUGAAGAGUGAGUUCUAAAUUUUCAUAGAGAAAGUAGAUGCUUUAAUAAAGGCGGGGGAGGAUCGAUCAAUUAUAUACAAGCCUCCUCAAUUUGGAAUUGGAUCUUCAAUCUAAUAGAGAAGCAAUAGUCAAUUAAUUUAGCAACCUUCUUAUUCAUAGAAAUAAAAUGAUGUUGAAAUUUUCAAAUCUAUGUAAAACCUAUAGAAGUUAGAGGAAUGUAAAGUUUGUGGUAGGUAAGUCCAUGCAGACAUAAUUACAUAUUUUGAACAUUGCUUUACACCGAUCUGCAGACCUUGUUUAAUGAAAUAGAUAGAAAAGGACUCAAAAAAUAGUACAGCAUUUUUCUGUCCAAAUCAACAAUGCAAAAAAGUAAUGGCAGAAUAAGAAUUGAUCGUAAUUAUUAAUGAUAUUUUAGCAAUUGCUUGGCAGAGAAAAACAUGAUUAAUAUGCAACAAUUAUGGUAGAAAGACAAUUCAACAUUGUAAAAUGUUCGGCUUGUUCUGAAUAGGGUGCUUUUGAGAAGGGAAGCCAUAUUACAACUUUAAAAGAUCCUGUCACAAACUAAUAAUUAUAACCGUAUUUAAAUCUUUAACAAUUUUAGAAAAUAUGUGGAACAUUAUCUUAAUAAUCGAUUUAUGUGUUUCAAUCAAAAAUGUAGAACAGAACAAUGUAAAGAAUGCAAGGCAGUUCCAUAUCAUUUAGGUAUGACUUGUGAGGAGUACAAAAUAAAGAAAGCAUCUAAGUAAUCUUGAUUUACAAUACGCUUUAGAUGCUGUAGAUAUUGUGAUUAACUUAUACAUAAUGUUCAAUUGCAAAUCCCUGAAGCCUUAUAAGACAUUUGUUAGGAAAGGGAAUGCUAAGAGAAAGCCUAAUUUGCUUGCAAUAAAAUGCUAGCUUGUAGACAUCCUUGUCCAGGAUUCAAAAAUGAAUAGAUAUGUUCAACAUGUUUAAAUGAAUAAUGUUGCAAAGGAGAUUAAAAAGGAGACGAUUAUUGUAAUAUCUGCUUUGUUGAGGGUUUAAAGAAUGCCCCUGUCAUCCAAUCAAAGUGUGGCCAUGUAUUAACUAUUUAUGACAAUAGAUCUUUCAUUAUACUUGUAUUCUUAAAAGAUUGGAUGUGAAAUGGAAUGGACCAAGAAUAGUUUUCAAGUUUUGUUUGUGUCCUCUCUGUAAUUCUUGGUUAGAAUUCUAACCAUCCUAACCUUAGAACCUUGUGAAUCAAUAUUAUUUACUCUUUUAAGAUGUCAUGAAGAAGUCGCUUGAUAGAUUGAAAUAUGAAAACAGAGAUAAAGAUGAAAAGCUCAAUAAAGUGGGGGAAUAAUUCUAUGGGAAACCCUAAGAGUAUGCUAUGGCUAUCUAUUGUUAUUAUUAAUGCUUUAAAUGCAAGAACCCUUACUUUGGAGGAGCCAAAGAUUGUCAAAGAGCAUUAGAAGAAGGAGAUAAAUAAUAUAAACCUGAGGAAUUGAUUUGUGCCAAUUGUUGUGAUGUACCAGUUGGAGAAACAUGUUAAACUCAUGGAAAGGAAUAUAUUGAAUUCAAAUGCAAGUUCUGUUGUUAAAUAGCUGUGUGGUUCUGUUGGUAUACAUAUCCAUUUAUCUAAAAGGGGUACAACUCACUUUUGUGAAGAUUGCCAUAAGAGAUAAUGUAAUGGAGAUUAUGUAUCCAAAAUACCUAAAGAGAAACUCCCUAAAUGUCCUGGUAAGGACAAGUGCCCUAUCAAGAUGGAGCAUAAACCAAAUGGAGAAGAACAAGCCCUAGGAUGUGGUAUUAAUUUAUUAUUGAUAUCUUAGCUAUUUGUAGGAACUAAAGAGCCAAUUAACAAAAUUUCUGAAUGAAAUUAUACCUAUC